AUGGUGGUGGGCAGCAGCCGCGACGCCGCCGAGGCGGGCCGCUUCCUGCGCGAGCUGGAGCGCGAGGGCUCCGCGUCGUGCUUCCGCGCCAACGCGGCGCGCUGGGCCUUCUCCACCAACGCCACCGACGCCAACCGGCGCCGCAAACUGGAGCAGGAGGCGCUGCACGCCAAGUUCCAGCGGCUGUCGCGCCGGCGCGCCGCCGCCUUCGCGCGCCACGCGCUGCCCGACCCGGCCGCGCGCCGCCAGCUCGCCCUGCUCAUGCUCGACGGCCGCCUGGCGCUGCCCGACGCGCAAAAAAAAAAAAAAGAAGAAGAAGAAGAAGAAGAAGAAGGUAAGAACGGCGCGUGCCCGCAGCUGCAGCAGCUGCUGACGGAGAUGAAGGAGGUGUACGCGCACGCGGAGAUCUGCCCGUACGCCACGCGCCAGCAGCUGUUCUGCACGCUGGCCAUGGACCCGGACGUGGCGCGCGCGCUGGCGGCGUCGCGCGACUGGGACGAGCAGCUGCACCUGUGGCGCGCGUGGCGGGACGCGGUGGGGCCGCCGCUGCGCCAGCGCUUCCUCCGCCACCUCGAGCUCACCAACGACGCCGCGCGGCUCAACGGGUUCGCGGACGCGGGCGAGCAGGCGCGCGCGGCGUACGAGGUGCCCGGCGACGCGCUGCCUGACGCGCUGGCGGAGACGUGGGCGGCGCUGUCGCCGCUCUACCGCCAGCUGCACGCCUACGUGCGCAGGCGCCUCCUCGAGCACUACGGCCCCCAGCGCCUGCGCGCCGACGGCCCGCUGCCCGCGCACGUCUUCGGCAAUAUGUGGGCACAGAACUGGCGCCACUUGUAUCCCCUGGUGCAGCCGUACCCGCGCAGACACACGCUGGACGUGACCGGGGAGAUGCUGCGCCAGGGCUUCACUCCGCUCAGGUCCCAAGCAAUUAAUACACCCGGAAACAGGAAAUACUAA